AAUAACUACCUUCAGACUGAAGCUGCUGUAGUUAUCUUUAUUCCAUCUAUUGGCUGCUCCCGACGCACCACCAUGACGCACAUCGCUCCACUUCUUACCCUCCUUUUCACUUCAUCUCUGCUGCGAUGGACGGCUGCAGAUUCCUCCAUCCUCUGCCCCUGGACCAGAGUCUUACCCUACGAGCAGGUGCACUACACCUUCGUGUGGAGGGACCCCUUGCAGGCCUCCUCACCUCCCCGGCUCUACCACAGCGCCUGGGCCGGUGACACUCUGCUCAACUGCGCCUGGAGCGAGCACGCAGCCGUGGUCCAGAACUAUCUCUCCCUGUGCCAGGAGCGCACGCACGAGUUCGCCGAUCAUCCUCUGGAGGGUUUGAAUGUGGACUCCAUGUUGGCUGAAGAGGGCAUGUGCGUGUCUGUGGAUUCGACAGAUGCCGCGGGGCACGCUGGGAAGAGGUCAGUGAGGAGCGUGGGUGGUUCGUCAUCGGCUGAAAGGUCGGAGGUCGAGAUCCAUCUGCGCGUAAAGCGUGGAUUCAUCGUUCCAGGGACCCUGUGGUGUGGAUCUGGAAACAAGGCGCCAUCCUAUGCAGACCUCGGUGUUUUUUCAGACACAGACAGCUGCUGCCGGGAACACGACCAGUGCAAAGACACCAUCCUGUCCUUUCACUCCAAGUUUGGCGUUUUCAACAGCAACAUCUUCACCAUGUCUCACUGUGACUGCGACAACAAGUUUCGCAGAUGCCUACUAGAAGCCAACGACAGUAUUUCUGACGUGGUGGGUUACACCUUCUUUAACCUGCUGAAGAUGCACUGCUUCCAGUUCUCCCACAGACUCCAGUGUUCACAGAGGAACUGGUUCGGCAUGUGUAAAGAAACCAAACUGGCCCUGUACGCAGAGGUCCAUCCCCCGACUCUCUACGAGUCUUCAAACCUGUCUGCGGUCGACAUGAACAGCUCCGUCAUAAACGCCUCCAUACCCAGAGAUCUAAUGGAGAGCAGCACCUCACACCCCAAACUCUACUCCAUCACCGCCGCUGCCUCCAUGCCUAAACCUUCAACAAGCUCCCCCUCUGUCUCCAUCACACCUGAUACCAACAACACCGAAAUGGUCACUAAAGCAUCAGAGACAGACCAUCUGGAGAACACAAUACCCACCAAGAACUGGACGCGGUCUCACUUGGAUGCUGAUUUCACAGAGAAGCAGACAUCAUGUGCUGUCUACAGAGAUCUGGACGACUGCAGAAUCAAGAUCCUUCCUCAGCAGAAAAGAUUUGGACUCCACAACCAGGAGAUGAGGACGCUCUACCACUGCAACUGCACCAGCAGACUAUUCCAGACUUUGGCUAAACAGAGGAAACUGAACGAAGUACAAAACCUUCUUCUGGGACAUGUAUCGCAGUCCUGCUUCCUGACACACAACUGCACCGCAGACGGCAUCUGCUCAGCCUCUCUGGUGAGCGCUCAGCUUCCUCAGCUGGAGAAUGGGGGCGGUACUGACAUGGACGAACAGCGCCAUCUACAGGCCAUCAGACAGAAGGUCAGGAGGCCAAACAACCACAGAGCCAAGAGGAAAGACAGAGCAGUCAGGCUGUACAAACUGUGUCUGAAGAUGGUCCGAGCCAAAUACAGGAUGCUCAUCAGCAGGCAGUAAGCACAGACGACUCGACUAAAUAUUACUGACAGUCAGAGUCCUCAGUGUUACUUACAUGAACAAGACAUGGUGCAAUAUUUAACACAGAAUUAAUACCAGUCAUACUGUGGAACAAGCACAUUUAGUUUCUUUUAUUUCCUCCAAAGUCUGUUUUUAUGUUGAAACAUCCUUUUUCUCGGGGGGCUUUUUUGGCUCCGUGGACUAAAGGUUGGGGACCACUGAUAAAGGGGCACUGGUAGCCGAGGAGUUUUAUCUGCACACCUCAAAGGUGGUUGUCCUCAAAGCUGAUUUAAAAUCAGAACUUUGGCUCCUUUCUUUGUAGUAAUUUUUCACACAAUUAAUGAACUUUAUUUCAGAAAAAAACAUCUUUGGCCUUCUCUUUAGUUCUUUAGGACUCUAGUUCAUCUCCUAAUUGCCUAAUGUUGCUGUGUAACAAUCAAUUUUACUCCAUUUGACCUUUCACCCUCACUACCAUGAGGGGAUCACUGUGAAAAAACAGCCCAAAUUUCAAAAAAGUUGGGGCGCUAUUUAAAAUGUAAGUAACAGCAGAAUGCAAUGAUUUUCAAAUCUCAUACCCAUAUUUUAUUCACAAUAGAACUU